UAAGAAUGUAGUCAAAACAAAGCGUGGACUGGCCGGUGUUGGCUGCACGGAAGUGGUUUUGUUGCGGUUAAUACCCACAAUGGUAUGACAGAAAUGAGGGCUGCUACAUGUUUAAAAUCCAGUUAACUCGCUUGAAAGCGUUUUUAAUCUCAUAAAUGGUAUUUCACUUUUAAUUAAUAUUAUUUUGAUAUCGUCUGAACUAAAAUACUGAUAGCAAGCUAGCUUGUUAGCUAGCUUUACUAGUGCAAGCAGCCAUGCCGUCCUACUCUGAACUGAGGAAAACCAACCAUUUCUACUACUUCAUCAAGUUUACCUUGAAUAUCUACUCAAUGCUCUUCUCGCUGAUGGGUCUCUGUGUGCUGUGUGUGGGGGUGUAUGCCGAGGUGGAAAGGCAGAAGAAUCGAACCCUGGAGGGCCUUUUCCUGGCUCCUGCUGUGGUGCUCAUCCUGCUGGGCCUGGUGAUGUUUACGGUGUCGGUGGUGGGCAUGGUUGGAUCCCUCAGGGACAACAAGACGCUGCUGCACAUGUUCCUCUGUGUUCUCUGUGUGUUGCUGCUUCUCCAGGCAAUUGCACUCACUACGGCUCUCAUCUUUGAAAAGAAGACGUCUGCCUUGUUUCAGAGCAGUAUACGAGAAGGAAUUAAACACUACUACGAUGACCUGGACUUCAAAAACAUCUUGGACUAUGUGCAACAGAAGUUUUCGUGUUGUGGAGGGGAUGAGUACAAGGACUGGGGAGUCAACCAGUACCAUUUCUGCAACGGUACUGGUCCACUAGCCUGUGGGGUUCCAUAUACAUGUUGUGUUCGUCACGAGGUCGGAGAGGUCAUCAACACUCUAUGUGGCUACAAGACUCUGGAUAAAGAGCGUGAAAGCCUGCAUGAGACGAUCCAUGUGCGAGGCUGCAUCCAUGCAGUCAACCUCUGGAUGAGUGACAACAUUGGAAUAACCAUUGCGCUCUGCUGUGCUAUUGGGCUGCCUCAGCUACUAGGCAUCAUCUUAAGCUGCGUCUUCUGGAACCUUCUGGUGGACAUGAGUGAGUCAGCCGAUAUGGUGGACUUCAAGCUGAAGAAGGCAGAGAUUGAUUACAGUGAGCUGGACCUGGCUGGUGCCGGCUGGUGCAUGUGCCUGCCGAGGGAUGGUGGCUACCUGCCCGUCCCUGCCUCCGAGCCUGAACUCGACCCCAUUGACAUUCACCUGGAGAAGCUCAAGAAGCAGCCACCUCGCACGCACGCUCAGCUCCGAGAACUGCAGCAGUCCAGAUCAGCCACUGGGCUGGACGAGGUAGACGUUGGCCGCAAGCAGAAAAGGGAACACUGAGUGGUCUUUCUGCCCUUUCUUGCCUUUUGGGUUUUUGCCUUUUUUUUCUGUCAUUGUAAUCAUUGAAUUUCUUGGAGCUGUGUUGCACUACUUAAUGAUCAGUCAUUGGAUCACGAAAGAUUUUGUCAGCUAAAGGGAACAAAAGUACUUUGGCACUUUGUUGAUUAAUUUGUUUAUGAUACAAAUUGAAGGAACAACUUGCAACAUUGGCUUUUUAAAAAAGAAAUCUUUUGUCUUGUUUGUGAAAGUUGAUAUUCAAGGAUUUAUGGCAUUAUAUGACAUUUUAUUCAUUUGUUUUUAACCUGUUGAAAUUGAGCUAUGUCUCAUGUGCUAAAGCUUACCUCAGGCUGUUUUGAAAAUAGCCCAGUAGUCAGAGGACAGUACUGUACUAUGUGGUGUAUAAAUUAAUGGUAGCUUGAAAAAGUUUUUCAUUGUCAGAGAAAUAGGAAUAGCCAAGUACGUCUUGAGUGUAGCGUCUGUGAUGGAUGUAUAUAGUUUGUGUAUUAUGUUUAUUUAAUUAUGAUUUCACUUUGAUUUUGUGCAAUUGGUGUACAUUGUAAGACUGAUAGAUGUGAAUAACAUGGGAUGCAUGUUUUAUACUGUAUAAGUAAAUUAAAAAAAAAAACAAACAGAAAAACUCAGUUUACAUGUUAUGCUCUCAUCAGGGGGGCUUCUGUCUAUUCCAUUUGUAACUAAACUUUUUAUUCCAUCUUUUAAAGAAACAACUAAAGGGAUUAUCCAGACUACAAGUCCAGUGAAAAGCUACUCUGACAGUUUUUUGUAUCUGAGUUAUGCACUGUUUUGAGCUUCCCCCUAGCUCCUGCCUUGUAUCAACACUACUGUUCAGAAAUACUGUUCUUGUUAAUAAAGCUGAAUUUGUCUACUGA